UGGGGCGUUACUUAGCUUGAUACCAAUUACAGCAUAGUAGAAUGGACAACUUUAACCUCUCGUCAAUCUGGAACCAAACCAACAACUUCCUGUCAUAUUAAGUGCAUGUGUUAAUCAACAUUUUGGAGCCGUUUCUUGGUAAAGUCAAAGCAUCACAACCCUCUGCACUUGAAAGAGGUGAUGCAAUGUAGUCCGUUCUGUGGAGUUAAAUCGGUAAGAGACCUAAGAAUUUAUGGGUGAGUCAGCCCCUGCUCCAGGCAACAAGAGUUUACAUCAGAUCAAUGCCUGAGGAUAACAGUCAUUGAUCAACAGCAGCCUCUUCAGUGUUGGAAUUACCUUGAGGACCUUUACCUCUACCAAUGUUCCAUUGAUUGUGACUGCUGGUUCACGUAUUGAAAAAAGUGAGGUCUGCUAGUUCCCGGGAGAUGUGUUUUUCCUCACAGAAUCUUUUGGGAAUGUGUCGCUUUUUCUAAACUCUCUGUUUGAGUAAGCAUUGCAAGUCAGGAGACUUUUUGCUGCGUCACUACGGUAACCACAGGAGCUGUUUGAGCCUCUGUCUCCCUCAUUAAUAACUUGUGCUGUGGGUCCCUAUUAUGCAAGCUCUGAAACCUGAGAGCUGGUCACCUGUUCUGCUACCUGAGCUGGGGGCUCAGGGGAAGGGAGUGUCGGCUGGCUGCCCCACUAGAAAACUGGACAGGAGGAGAUUAGGCCAGAGCAAGUGCCUGAAACUCCAGGGAUCUCUAGUGGAUGUGUUAGCCCACGUCCCCAGGUCUGAGCUGUGUGGUGAAGGUGGUGGAGCUGGAGAGGAGUUGUGGCUGCCGCUGGAGUGGUUCCAUACUCACCCCUCUGGGAGUUCCAUCCAAAACGAGGUGGAACUUUAUUUUGACAGAACAGGAAGUGUCACCUUCAACUCUGAGGAGACAGACUUGACCCCACCUGAGGGCUACUCACAUAGCUUUGACUGGUCAGAUGACCCUGGCUCCAGACCCCAGUCUACAGUAAGCUCUGAUCAGCUCUUUCCAUCGGGUACCCUGGGUCAUCUGGAGACAGUCAGGAUCAGGUGCACACCUGGGAGAGAAUGGGUCAGAGUCUGUACUCUGUCCUCUGUUAGAAACGGGUGGCUGCCUUUACCAAAAAGAGGAGUACUAUAUGAGCUAACCGGCCUUCUCUACCAGAGACAAAUUGAACUUCGCAUCGACUCCAUCAGACGGAAGAGUUAUGACAGCGGUGUGAUACUCAAAGACGGAAAAUUAGACGACAAUUGGUCCAAGUCCAUGGGUUUUCGAAGUGGGAGGUUCCCCAGCCUACCAACAUCUAAUAUCAAUGAGGCUUCCACCAAGGAUAUUACCCCCUCAUGGAGCAUGUGGAGAGGACAGGGGGAGAGGGCUUCCACAUCACCCUCCCUUAUGAGGCCGACACACUCUGGGGACUCCCAGAGAGGUGGACAUGUACCCCACAGAGGGAGUCCAACCCUGCUGAGGAUGGCCAGUGUCCCUAAUGUCCUGGGCGGCCGACCAAAGACGGGCUUCUCCUCCAUCACCAUCACAUCCUGCAGGGUCUCCCAGUCAGGGGCCAACCGAUCACAUUAUCCCCACCAACCGAUCCUGCCUAUCAGGUCAUCCACAUCCCUCAACCCAGUCAUGAGUCAUGUCCUAUCCUCAGCCAUUCCAAAGCACUCUGAGGUGGUGACCAGACAUAAGGCCACCAUAGUAAAGGUGACAGAGUACAGACAGAGCUACUCUGCAUGUGCCAAGGUCCAGAUGAGAGGGCCAGGGAUGAGGACUGCCUGGCCUGAACACAGGCACAGUUACACAGGUGAGGACAGUCUCAAGGACAAUGGAAGCUCCUUCAGGCCUUUCUCACUCCAGCCCUCUUUCCGCUCCUGCGUCCAGCUUGAGGUACAUUGGAGGUCUGCGAACACAGUUCUGUAUCUGGACAAGUCACUGUCUAUCUCCAUAGGACAGCCAGAGGUCACAAAACCAGUUGUGCACAGGUCCACCCUGUCUCUGUAUGUUGGGGGCUCGUCCCACAUUGGAACUUCUAUGGAUUACCCCAAAACACUUCAGGACCUCCGGAGAUCUAUGGGGGCACUAAGCUGCACCCAUAGAUGGGACAACUUAGAGACUGAUGUGGGUUACAGCAUAGGCUCUUCAUCAACCAACGGGGGCUACGAGGUCCCCAAAAUAGCAGAUACUGAUGGUAUUAAGAAUAGGACAUCUGAUUUAACUGCACACAAUCUUACCUCAGGGUUAUUCUCAUCAGCCAGAGGAACAGGCGACUCAUACUCCAGGGCCAGUCAGCACAAUGGAAUUGCAGAUGAGCUGUGCUGUCGUCGGCUGAGAAAUUCCACACACAGACACCCUGCUUUUAAUAUCAGCCCAGUAGAUACUAGAACAUGGGGAAGACAGUCACUACGUAAGGAGAGUGAUGAAAGACAAGGACACUCCAGAGAAGAUCUGCAUGUUGCUGAGUAUUUCUGUACACACCAAGCAGACACCUGCCAAUCACAACUGACAGUUGAUCCUCAGGAUAUCAAACCCAGAGCCUUCAGUCUCAAAGAGGCCCUGGAGAUGUUUCGGCCAGACUUCAUCAGUCGCUCCCAGGGCAGAAUGAGGAGUCUGGAGCAGAGGGCCAGGCGGAGGAAGGCCCUGCAGUGUGCAGACCUAGACCAGGUGCAGGGUCUCUGGGAGGAGAAAAGUAGGCAUAGGAGGAACUGCACCAAGCCCCACCCGCUCAGUGAUAACCUUUUCAAACCCAGAGAGAGGGCCAUAUCAGGGAAGGAGAUGCAGCUACGCUCCAGACGGAUUUACAACAAGCUCCCUGAGGUCACUAAGAAGAAGGAGGAGGAGAAAAGGAGAGUGGUAUCGCAGACCAACAGAUUGCGGGCAGAGCUUUUUAAAAAGAAACUUCUGGACAAGAUCCUGCAGAGAUGAAUAUGGACAAACUCGAGAUGUUCCCUACUAAACCUUCAACUCACAUACUACACUCACCAUCCUCCUAGGAUUCAUGACCUUACACUCACUUAAUAUGCAAUGUCAGUCAUCGUUGCCAUACCGACAGUAUACCUUGAUUUUAUAUGGAAUAAUGAGAGUACUUCCAAGAAAACAUUCACACUGCUCUUGUUCGUAUCACUCUUUUAUUCAAGCUUACAUGUUCUCUUGGCCUUCUUGGCCUUCGUCAGAGCUUAUUCGUAUGUACAUGAAUUCCAUAGCAUUUAAAAGACUAUCCAAGCUCCUGACAGGAUCACUGACACUGUGCACACCUGAGAGACGAAUGAACUGGAAUGAUUCUGUUGUACUCUCCAUACUGACCAACAUUUAUUAACUUUAUAAUGGUAAUGGAAUUGAUAGGGUUGAAUCAUACUGUUGUGUAUCGAGCUACAUUAUAAGUGACAGUCUGAAGGCUAGGGCCAUGAGGUUUUGUGGAAACCUGCCAUUGAUAAGGUUCUGUAAAUAUUACAUAAACUGCCUACUCUCUCCAGUCCUCAUACCUUGUAAACAUCCACCUAAAUUGACAUAACUGACAUUUUCAAACAAAGCAAAAUUGUAUUUUUCUAUAAGAAAUGUUUUAUAUUCAGUCAGCUAGAGACCAAUCUACACUGCUGCAAGGUUAGUCAUAGCCACGUUUUUAAAAAGAUAUGACAUUCUCAGUAGGAAAAUUGUUGGAAGACAAAUGUAGGCCUUUAAGACGUUGGUUGUUGUAAGUGCAAUGGCAUGAUUAGGUUUAUCAGUUAUGGUAAGAUGGAAUGAUUCUCUGCCUUACAGCAAAUGUCUAUGUUUUGGCUUUCUAUCACUGAAUGAUUUAAUGUUCCUGUAAGUAUGUUGUCAUUGUUCUCUCAAUUAUAGUAAAGCUGUCUAUCGAAAUUCAA